AUGGCUGAGGCAUUCCUCAAGCACUAUCAAUACAACACUAAUAUGGCACCUAAUCGCACGCAGUUGCAAAAUCUGACUCAGAAGUCUAAGGAGUCCUUCAAAGAGUAUGCCCAACGGUGGAGGGAAUUAGCUGCUAGGGUACAACCCCCAUUGCUAGAAAGAGAACUGGUAGACAUGUUUAUGGGAAACCUGCAAGGUCCAUACCUUGAUAGAAUGGUAGGGAGCACCUCUUCGGGCUUUUCCGACCUGGUCUUAGCCGGUGAAAGGAUAGAAAAUAUGAUUAAAAUGGGAAAGAUCCAGAACUCUGCCAAUACUUGUAGUGCAUCGAAGAAACCUUUUGUUCCCUACGGUAAAAAACGAGAAGGUGAGACCAAUUCCGCCUCCAUCAUUCGAACAAGAAAUCUCACUUAUCCACAAGUAGCCUCCAUAGCUCCCAUCCAACCAAGUCAACAACAACCAUUUGCAAUUCCUGUUCAAACUCAACAACAACAACGGUAUCAACAUCAAUCACAACGUCAGCAACCACAAUAUCAACAACAACAAAGGAUGCGAAGGCCCGAGAGAAGAUUUGACACAGUUCUCAUGCCUUAUAGCCAUAUUCUACCAUAUUUAUUGAGGGGAUCACUUGUACAACUAAGGGAGUUAGGACCCCCACCAGCGGUUCUUCCUCCCGGUUAUGAUGCAAAUGCCCGCUGUGAAUUUCAUUCUGGCGCUCCUGGGCAUUCGAUCGAGAAUUGUAAAGCAUUAAAGUACAAGGUUCAAGAUCUUAUUGAUUCUAAGGCAAUCACGUUCGCUCCCAAGAGGCCGAAUGUAAAUAAUAACCCGAUGCCCCCUUACAACAAUGCAUCAGUGAAUAUGAUGGAAGCUGACAAUGGAAGGAGGUUGAUAUCCUGUGUGGACGAGUUAAAAACACCACUCAUCGAGAUCAAGAAUGCUUUAAUGAAGGAUAAUGCCUUUCCCAUCUAUAGUAAUGACUGUGAACACUGUCUGAUUAACCCACAACAAUGUAGAACGUUGAAGUCUUUCAUACAACAAUUAAUGGACCAAGGGAUCUUGGUGGUAGACUUCCCGUCCACAAAGGAAGAUGUGUCUACCCUCGAGAUACCAUACGACGAAGUCCCUCCUCUGCAAAUUCCAUAUGACUUCUCUCAGUUAACUCUGUCGAAAAAUCCAGUUACUCCAAUCAUAAUAACAGUUCCCACACCAUUCCCAUAUGUUAACACCAAGGCAGUCCCAUGGAUAUAUGACACCUCAGUCUACAUUCAUGGUCAGAAGAUUCAAGAAGAACCGUUAAAGUCUAGUGAUCCAAUGAUCAAUAUCACCGACACUAGCGGAAUCACGAGAAGUGGAAGGAUAUUUGCACCGACACCCACUCCAAUUGGAACUAUCAAUCCUUCAACUUCAGACAAAGGCAAACGAAUUGAUGGUGCUUAG